UUCCACGUCUGCGAAGGGAAGCCAGAUUACAGCGGAGUAUCUGAAACCUCAGUUGUUCUCAAAGCCAUUAUUAAAAUGUAAAUAUACACACAUGCAGUCGGAUGCUUUGACCCUGGAAUGGAUUUAGAGGAGGCUUACCAGGUGGUUGGAGAGUUCGGUAGGCACCAGAAGCGGAUGGUCACCAUCCUGGUUCUCCUACAGAUUUACAUGGCAUGUCAGUCCAUGCUCAUCAUUUUAGUGGGUGCUGUGCCAGAAUAUCACAUAGAACCCGUUACUGGAGAUCCGGAUGAUGAUAUAACACAAAGUGUGAAAUUCACAGAGGACGUCAGCUCAAUCGUGACCGAGUGGUACCUGAUUAAGCACGAAGCCUACAAAGUAAACCUGGCUGGGUCUCUGUUCUUUGCGGGUGUGCUGAUUGGAAAUGUCCUAUUUGGACCGCUCUCUGAUAAGAUUGGCAGGAAGCCGGUUUUCCUAACUGGUCUGUUUUUUGAGGUCUUGUUCGGGUACGGAACAGCAUUAGCACCUAGCUAUGAGGUGUUUGCUGUGUCUCGGCUGCUGGUGGGAUUGAUGAACGGAGGAAUGGCGCUGGUCUGUUUCGUUCUUACUCAGGAAUACGUGGGGAAGUCCUACUGGGCUAUGACAGGGACCUUGACUAAUAUGACCUUUGCAGUGGGCAUCGCUCUGUUCGCUGCGUUGGGUUAUUAUGUUCAGCCGUGGCGGAACCUAGCAACAGCGGCCAACUGUCCCGGACUUUUGCUCUUCAUGCUCUGUGUGACUUUGCCAGAAUCUCCGCGCUGGCUUUAUUCUCGGGGUCAGACAGAGAAGGCUGAAGACAUCCUGAAAGAUUUUGCUGUGAGGAACGGGAAAGGCAGAAUUCCAGUAAAGCUCCGGCGGACCGUCAGCAGCAACGCUCCGGAUGCGUCCAGUCCUGGGGUUUUGCAGCUGGUCAAACAUCCCAUACUGCGCUGGAGAACUGUGGUGCUCAUGUAUGUGUGGUAUGCGUGUAGUCUUGUGUAUUACGGGUUGACCCUCAGUGCCAGUGAAGAUAAAGGUAAUCGUUACCUUAGUGUUGCCAUGUAUGGUCUGGUGGAACUCCCUGCAUACCCUCUCUGCAUGUACUUCAUUAACAAGCAGUGGGCAGGCCGGAGGAAGUCUAUGGCCAAUUUUCUUGCAUUUGCAGGCGUAUCCUGUCUGCUCACAAUGUUCGUACCUGUAUCAGGGUCCUUAUUAAGUGCCACAUCACUGGCUUUAGUUGGAAAACUGAUGGUCAGUGCUGCAUUUAAUAUUGUGUAUGUGUACACAUCAGAGCUCUACCCAACCGUGAUCAGGAAUGCAGGCCUGGGUGUGUGUUCCAUGUCCUGUAGAGUUGGGGGAAUUCUGGCACCGUUCGUGCCGAGUAUGAAAUCACUGCACACCUCCAUGCCAUUUAUGGUGUUCUGUUUGAGUGGGAUUUCGGCGGGCUGCCUGGGGCUUCUUCUGCCGGAGACACUUAAUAAACCUGCUGCUGAAACGCUUGACGAACUUUCCAGCCCCACUUAC